CUCAGAGUGGGACCCAUCUCCCCUUGCCUUCUCUUCCGCCAUGUCUUUUCUUCCCCGCCACGAACAUCCUUCCAUCACCAGGAAUCCAAAUCCCUCGCAGUGCCAAACACCCUCUAAUCCCAACUCCAAUUGGGGGUCUUCGGCGUACCCUUGCCUCUGUAAAAACAGAUGGCCGACUGACAGUUAGACCCUUGAUGUAACUACUGCCCAAAGUUUCAUGGAAAGUUUUUCAAAAUGGGAGACCGCAAACGAGCUCUAGUGAGCAGAUUGAUGCAGUAUGCUUUGGUACAUCAAGUAUUGGGAAUCACAUACAAUGAGAUAUGCAUUAAUCGCACCAUUGAGGGAAAACCAUAUCUGGAAUACGGAAGUGCAGUCCUAGACUUUCCAAACUUUAACUUCAAUGUCUCUCAUCAAGGUGACUAUGUGGCAAUAGCUUCUGAACCAAUAUGCAUUGUUGGCCUGGAUAUCAUUGACUAUUUCACCCCGGAGAAAGAAUCUGCUAGAAAAUUUAUUCAAAGCUUCUCACCCUACUUCUCGGGAUUAGAAUGGAAUGAAAUUUUAAAUGCUGGCUCUGAUAAUCAAAUGUUACUAGAGCUUUACAGAUACUGGAGUUUGAAGGAAGCAUUCAUCAAAGCCACAGGGGAAGGUGUUGGGUGCAGAUUGGACAACAUUGAGUUUCAACACACUUGUUGGGAAAACAUACUUGUUAGAGUCAAUGGCGAAAUAUUGAAAGAUUGGAGAUUUUGUCUAUUUGAAUUGGGAAAAAAUCACUUGGCAGCGAUUGCGAGGGGUCAUCCAGUGGCUGCUACCACAAAUUACAAGAAAACAUUGAAGCGGACGAUGUUUGAUGAGAACGAAUACAGGCAGGGUCUUCAUCUCCCGAAUGCUGCUGGAUUUGUGUUGCGUGAGGUAGACGAGCUUUUCCCCAACCGAUCCUCUUCACCAUCUCAGUUUCUCUCUUCUCCUUUGUAUAAAAUGCAUAUGAAAAAUGCCAGUGGGGGUUGAGGCAGUUAGGAAAGGUAAGGAGCGCCAAGGCAGUGUUGGGAGGCAACUAUGAUAAGCAUAUAACCUCUCCAAGAUUCAGAUACAGACUUAGGGGCUGUUUGGCAACUUCUGAAUCGGUAAGUGCUGAACCAGUAAGAGCUCUGAACUAUUAAGUGCUGAACCAGUAAGAGGUCUGAACCAUUAAGAGCUAGUAUAUUGCUUAACUAUUCAGAGGCAAAUGUCUGAUCAAUUCAGAUAAGAGGUCUUAACCAUUCAGACUCUGUAUAAUACUUAACUAUUCAGAGGCAAAUCUCUUAACCAUUCAGACAUCUGAACCAUUAAGAGGCUGAAACAAACAGUCUGAACCAUUAAGAGGCUGAAACAAACAGCCCCUUAUUCUUUGACAUUACUUCUUCUCAGUGACCGUUUGAUCGGGGACUCCGGGCAUGCGAGAGCCUCUGAGUAUAAAAAAUGCCCCACAAAUUU